GAACCCCCCUCUCGCCACAGACAUGUUAACAGCAGGAUGAAGCUGGAGGCCGUGGUGGAGCAGCUGCAGAAGCAGCAGCAACAGCAGCAGCAGCAGGCCCCCCUGCAGAUGGAUCCCCGGGAAAGGCAGCAGAGGCAGAUGCGGGAGGCACAGCUGCAUUAUGGCCAGCCGCUGGCAGCGCAGCAAGCGGCGCUCUCGGCCGCAUCCGGCAAGCCUUCCGGCGGCGUGGCCCACGCCCACGCCCCUCCGGCCCGAGUCCCGCCCGUGUUCGGGGCUGCCCGAACGUUCGAUCAGAGCAGUGUGAACUCGGAGGAGGAGGAGGAGGAGGAAGGCGAAGAGGACUUGGAAGACCGAGACCUGGAGGACGGUGUCACCACCGCCACGCGCAGCAAGGACGCGGGCUCCGCUCUGAAGUAUUUUCAGCCUUCCAAAGCGGCCCCCCACAACCAAAGAGUGGCUUCCUCCUCACAUCCCUUACCAGCCCUUGGGGCGCAGCGGGGACACCAGGGAAAGGAAGAGCAGGGUAAAGACGCCGCAAACCCUCUGUAUUCUGGCUCCUCGUCGGGGAGGCAGUCGUGGAGACUGGAUGAGCAGCAGCUUAAGCAGAAUGGGAACCUGAGCUGGAACGAAGAUGCAGACAGCAGCAGAGGAAGAGAGGUGUCUCGAGACUUUGCCAAGUUGUAUGAACUGGAUGGUGACCCUGAGCGAAAGAAAUUUCUGGACGACCUCUUCGUUUUCAUGCAGAAAAGGGGGACGCCAAUCAACCGCAUCCCCAUCAUGGCGAAGCAGAUCCUGGACCUGUACAUGCUCUACAAGCUGGUGACCGAGAAAGGCGGGCUGGUGGAGAUCAUCAACAAGAAGAUCUGGCGGGAAAUCACCAAAGGCCUUAACCUCCCCACCUCCAUCACCAGUGCCGCAUUUACCCUUCGCACACAGUAUAUGAAGUACCUCUAUGCCUACGAAUGUGAGAAGAAGUGCUUAAGCUCCCCUGCCGAGCUGCAAGCCGCCAUUGAUGGCAACCGGCGGGAAGGCCGCCGGCCCAGCUACAGCUCCUCCUUGUUUGGCUACUCCCCCGCCACCACGGGGGGACCGCCUUCGCUCCUGUGCCCCCCCAAGAUACGCUUCCCCGUCGUCAGCCUUGCCCCCAGCGGCACAACCAGCAACCCCCACCUGUCUUCGGCGGCAGCUCUCAGGAAAGGCGAUGGCAUCCCUGUGUCCGUGCCCACGCCAAAUCGCGUUGCCAUGCCUGUGACCUUGGCCAACCAGCAGGCCACCGUAGCAGCCAGGACGGCCACCCUGGAGCAGCUGAGGGAGCGGCUGGAGUCCGGGGAGCCCCCCGAGAAGGCCCCGCGGAUGACGGAGGAGGAGCAGCGUUUCGUCCAGCAGGCCUUUCAGCGCAACCUGUUCAGCAUGGCCCGGCAGCUGCCCAUGAAGAUCAAAAUCAAUGGCCGAGAAGAUAAAUCAGAUUCGGCGUCGACGGCGGCAUCAUUGAAUUGGACCCCGUCUGGCUUCGGAAGCAUUAACAUGUCGGUGGAAAUCAAUGGCACAAUCUAUGCUGGAGUGCUGUUUGCCCAGAAGCCGGUCGUCCACCUCAUAGCCGGAUCCAGCGCGCAGAGUACAGGCGGGGGGAGCAGCAGCAGCUCCCACUGCUCCCCCAGCCCCACCUCUUCUAGGGGCACCCCUAGCGCCGAGCCCUCAACCAGCUGGUCUCUCUGAGGGAAACCGAGGGGCGGGUC